CGCCCCCCCGUCUGUGGCCGCGUGCCCUGGGCCCGCCCCGGGGGAGAGCGCGGAGAGGUGGCUCUUGCUGCAGUCACGCUUGGUGCUUCCGCCUCUCCCCCUGCUGCUCUGGCCGGUCACGCUGCUGCAGGUCGGCGCCGAUACUCUCGGUCCGGGCGCUUCUCCGCCGGGCCGGGGGAUUGGCUCUGCGACCGCUUCGUCCCAGAAUGCAGCGCAUGGCGCGUCAUUGAAGAGAGACCAUGAUGGCGGCGGCCGUGGCUGCGGGGGGGGCUCCUGAGGUGAUCGCCCAGCUGGAGAACGCGGCCAAAGUGCUCAUGGCACCACCUUCCAUGGUCAAUAAUGAACAACGCCAGCAUGCCGAGCACAUAUUCUUAUCAUUUAGAAAAUCAAAAUCACCAUUUGCUGUUUGCAAGCAUAUUUUGGAAACUAGUAAAGUGGACUAUGUCCUUUUUCAAGCUGCCACAGCAAUAAUGGAAGCAGUUGUGCGAGAAUGGAUUCUCUUGGAAAAAAGUAGCAUCGAGUCACUGCGAACAUUCCUUUUAACCUAUGUCUUACAAAGGCCUAACCUUCAAAAGUAUGUUCGGGAGCAGAUUCUAUUAGCAGUAGCAGUAAUAGUGAAACGAGGAUCAUUAGACAAAUCGAUUGACUGCAAAAGCAUUUUCCAUGAAGUCAGCCAGUUGAUAAGCAGUGGUAACCCCACUGUGCAAACUUUGGCCUGUUCCAUUUUAACGGCUUUGUUGAGUGAGUUCUCAAGUUCAAGUAAAACCAGCAACAUUGGACUAAGCAUGGAGUUCCAUGGUAACUGCAAACGAAUAUUUCAGGAGGAUGACCUUCGGCAGAUCUUCAUGCUAACAGUAGAGGUACUACAGGAAUUCAGCAGACGUGAAAACCUCAAUGCUCAGAUGUCUUCAGUGUUUCAGCGUUAUCUUGCACUAGCCAAUCAGGUCUUAAGCUGGAACUUUCUUCCUCCAAAUUUGGGCAGACAUUAUAUAGCUAUGUUUGAAUCCUCACAAAAUGUGAUGCUAAAGCCAACAGAGUUGUGGCGUGAAACCCUCCUGGACAUCAGAGUUAUGGAGCUUUUCUUUACAGUACAUCGAAAAAUCAGAGAGGAUACAGAUAUGGCACAAGACUCUCUACAGUGCCUAGCACAGCUAGCUUCUCUGCAUGGGCCAGUCUUUCCUGAUGAAGGUUCACAAGUUGAUUAUCUGGCACAUUUCAUUGAAGGAUUACUGAAUACUAUCAAUGGAGUUGAAAUAGAGGACUCUGAAGCAAUGGGAAUCUCCAGUGUUUUCAGCAACCUGAUAACUGUGUUUCCUCGCAAUGUUUUAACUGCCAUUCCAAAUGAACUUUUCUCUUCAUUUGUUAACUGCCUCACACACCUCACCUGUUCUUUUGGGAGAAGUGCUGCACUGGAAGAAGUGCUUGACAAAGAUGACAUGGUAUACAUGGAGGCAUAUGAUAAAUUGCUGGAAUCCUGGCUUACCUUGGUACAAGAUGACAAACAUUUCCACAAAGGCUUCUUUACCCAACAUGCUGUUCAGGUUUUUAAUUCUUAUAUUCAGUGCCACCUAGCUGCUCCUGAUGGUACAAGGAAUUUGACUGCCAAUGGUGUAGCCUCUCGGGAGGAAGAAGAAAUAAGUGAACUGCAGGAAGAUGAUCGAGACCAGUUCUCUGACCAGCUGGCCAGUGUAGGCAUGCUAGGAAGAAUUGCUGCAGAACACUGUAUACCUCUUCUUACAAGUUUAUUAGAAGACAGAGUGACAAGGCUCCAUGGUCAGUUACAAAGACAUCAGCAGCAGUUACUUGCCUCACCAGGAUCAGGGUCAAUUGACAAUAAAGUGCUUGAUGAUCUGUAUGAGGAUAUUCAUUGGCUUAUUUUAGUCACAGGCUACCUCUUAGCUAAUGAUACUCAGGGAGAGACUCCAUUAAUACCUCCAGAAGUAAUGGAAUAUUCCAUUAAGCAUUCAACUGAGGUUGACAUCAAUACAACACUUCAGAUCCUGGGAUCUCCAGGAGAAAAGGCCUCUUCCAUCCCAGGGUACAACAGAACUGAUUCUGUAAUUAGGUUAUUAUCUGCUAUUCUAAGAGUUUCAGAAGUAGAAUCUCGAGCAAUAAGGGCGGAUCUAACACACCUUCUGAGUCCACAAAUGGGAAAAGAUAUUGUAUGGUUUCUUAAGCGUUGGGCAAAGACCUAUCUCCUAGUGGAUGAAAAACUGUAUGACCAGAUAAGUCUACCAUUUAAUACAGCAUUUGGUGCAGACACAGAGGGUUCCCAGUGGAUUGUGGGUUACCUCUUAGAAAAAGUAAUCAGUAACCUGGCAGUCUGGAGUUCUGAGCAGGACCUUGCAAAUGACACUGUACAGUUGCUAGUAACAUUAGUGGAAAGGAGAGAGAGGGCAAAUUUAGUAAUUCAGUGUGAGAAUUGGUGGAAUUUAGCUAAGCAGUUUGCGAGGCGAAGCCCACCUCUUCACUUUUUGUCCAGUUCUGUGCAGAGAACACUAAUGAAAGCUCUAGUUUUAGGAGGUUUUGCUCAUAUGGACACAGAUACAAAACAGCAAUACUGGACAGAGGUUCUUCAGCCACUUCAGCAGCGAUUCUUGAAUGUGAUAAAUCAAGAAAACUUUCAACAGAUCUGUCAAGAGGAGGAGGUGAAACAAGAAAUCACUGCCACACUAGAAGCACUUUGUGGCAUUGCUGAGGCUACCCAGAUAGAUAAUGUAGCAAUACUCUUUAACUUUCUGAUGGACUUCCUUACCAAUUGCAUUGGAUUAAUGGAGGUGUACAAAAACACACCAGAGACUGUUAACCUCAUAAUAGAAGUUUUUGUUGAAGUUGCACAUAAACAAAUAUGCUAUCUCGGAGAGUCCAAAGCCAUGAAUUUGUAUGAGGCCUGCCUGACUCUACUUCAAGUAUAUUCCAAGAAUAAUUUAGGUCGGCAGCGAAUAGAUGUUACAGCAGAAGAGGACCAAUACCAGGAUCUUCUUCUUAUUAUGGAGCUUCUUACUAACCUUCUGUCAAAAGAAUUUAUAGAUUUCAGUGAUACAGAUGAAGUAUUUAGAGGACAUGAGCCAGGACAAGCUGCAAAUAGAUCGGUGUCAGCAGCAGAUGUAGUCUUAUAUGGGGUUAAUCUAGUUCUGCCAUUAAUGUCACAGGAUCUGCUGAAAUUUCCAUCUCUGUGUAAUCAGUACUACAAAUUAAUCACCUUCAUCUGUGAGAUAUUUCCUGAGAAAAUUCCUCAGCUUCCAGAAGACCUUUUUAAGAGCCUAAUGUACUCAUUGGAGUUAGGGAUGUCAUCGAUGAGUUCUGAGGUUUGCCAACUCUGUCUGGAAGCUUUAACACCAUUAGCAGAACAGUGUGCAAAAGCACAGGAAACAGACUCAUCACUAUUUCUAGCAACAAGGCACUUUCUUAAGAUGGUCUUUGAUAUGCUGGUACUACAAAAGCACAAUACAGAGAUGACAACUGCAGCAGGUGAAGCAUUCUACACAUUAGUGUGUUUGCAUCAGGCUGAAUAUUCAGAACUAGUUGAAACAUUACUAUCAAGUCAACAAGAUCCAGUCAUUUACCAGCGGUUAGCAGAUGCAUUCAACAAGCUUACUGCAAGCAGCACUCCUCCUUCACUGGACCGUAAGCAGAAGAUGGCCUUCCUAAAGAGUUUAGAAGAAUUUAUGGCAAAUGUUGGUGGACUCCUCUGUGUAAAAUAAACAACAACAAAACUCUAUGCCUAAUUUAGACCCUUUCUGCAAAAUGCACUGAGAAAUGCUGAAAGCUGACUAAACCUUGUACCUGUUUCUGGGUUCUUUGCAGCCAUCUCAGAUUUUAGAGAGCCUGGAAGUUUGAUAUAACACAGUUGAAUAGGAGAGGUCAACUUUGAAUCAGCUUCUGCUAUUGUGUUACUCACAAUCUGUCAUUACUUGUAUGUUGUAGAGAAUGAACAACAAAUUGAAAUUUAAAAGAAAAUUCCAUAUAUGUGCAAACAGAUAUGGGCACAGUGAAAAAUAGUGCCUUUUCCCCAUUAGCUUAAAACAUAAGUGGCUGGACAAACUUUUAAAGAUUUUUUUUUCUUGAAAACAAUAUUAGAGUAUGAUGUAGACACAUACAAAACUGUAAACAGUGUAGCUGAUUGAAGCUUUAUGUUUUCUCUCUGAAGAUUGAGUUUAUGAUCGAAGGGAAAAACACCAAAUGGUAUUUUUUAACUUGUGUUUAGUUUUGUUUUUCUACAUCACCUGAUGUUGCAUGUUUUAUGUAAUACAGGUUUCUACAUUAUAUUCUGCUGCCUAAAGUUCAGAAGGAAAAAGGUGUAUAUUUUUGUUCCCCUAAAAUGAACUUUAGGAACUGUAGCCAUUUCAUUGCCUUAAUUUAAAACAAAACAAAAAAAAGUGAUAUACUUUAGACAAGAAAUCUAAGGCAACAUUUGAGUCUUCAGAGUUGGUUCAGGAUGUUGGCAUUAAGCUGCUGUGUACCUGUUGCAGCCCUUUGUUGACCUGUUAUGUUGGGGUGUGACUCUAAUGCAACAUUCAUGUGUAGUUUUACUUUCACUAUCUGUUUUAAUCCACAUCCAAGUCGCGCACAGCUGCAACGUAUUUCUACACUGAACUGUUUGCUUAAGCAAUAACAAUUCAAAGGGUGUAAAUUAUUGAUUUAUACAAACUGUUUUUAAGUUGGGGCAUUAGAUAAAAUAAUUAUGCUAGACUAGGGGUUUCAAACUCUAUUUUACCCAAGGGCCAUAUACAUUUGAUUCAAGGGUUGGAAAGAUCAUUAGGAUUUGUGGUGAUUUUUUUCCACCACCACCUCCAGAUUUGUGGUGCUCUCCUCUGCUCUUACUCAGUUUUGUGUGUCAGCACUUGAGCAGUUAAGAUGUACAUACCUUUCAUCCUGCCAACUGAUAGACGGAUAUAGUGGAACAACAAGGGAGAGUAACACAAGAAUACGGAAGCAAGGCAUACUUUGCCAGUAGUCAUAAACCUGACAAAACUGAGGCAAACGCACAUUCUGCAUGCCAGAUAAAAUUGCUUUUUGUGAGGGGUGUGGGUGGGGAAGAAUUUGGCCCUUGGGCCUUGUGCUUGAUACCUCUGCUAAAUUGUGCUGUUGAAUGUUUUCCAUGUGGUUUUUACAUUUAUAUAAAACGUACAGUAUAUACACCUUUACAGUGCUGUGUAUAGCAUCAUGUUUGCAACUCUGUGCCAUCCUUCAGCUGUUCAUCUCAAAACCAAUCAUAUUACCCAAAAUGGCAUAAGUCUGUAGCACUGUGCUAGUCAUAUUGAUUCAAGACGUACUUUUUGAGUUAAAUUCAUGCAUGUAACAAUGUGACUGGAAUACAAGGGCAGAAAGUGCCAUCUUUUCAACAGAAUUUUUUCACUUUUAUUUUAAUCCACUGUUAAUAUGAAAACUGGGCUGGAGCAAACAUACACUUUAAAAGGUAACCAUAAAAUUUGUUGGACAACAUCCCUUCACAGUUAAUAUUGUAUAUCGUCUAUUUGAACAUAUUUUUAGUAAUAUUUGCAAGACAGGGAAUUGUCUUCAAAUUCAUUCCUAGAAACCCUAUCGCUUUCCUUAAGAGAUUUCUUGUGUGUGCAAAAAACUACUCUUGCACUAGUGAUGGGGAAUUACCAUUGUAUCCUUCUGCAUUAUUCCAUCUUUCUUCCAAUUGUUCCAGCAAAUGGAUGACAAAUUUAUUGGAGCUGCUUUUAAAGUUCAUGUCUGAGUUUUUACUUUUUAUAAAAGUAAGUGUCUUCAAAACAUAGGCCUUUGGCUGAAGGGCAUUAAGUCCUAGAAACAUGAGCAACAGUAAUAAUUGCUAAUCUUCCUGGUAAUACCAAGAGUUGAACCUCUGGGGCAGAUUCUUCUAAGGGAUAAUGACAAAUAUUUUUAUUUUUUCUGGUUCUUAUUGAUUAAGAGUAAUAACCACUGUCAUAACAAAUGGCUCCAAUAUUUUCAGAACUACUUUAUUUACCUCAGUAUGAACUUCUAAAUUUUUAUAAACUAUGGAAAUUUGGGAAUUCCCUAGAAUAAUUAAGUCAGCAAUAAAUCAGCCUACUAAUUUGUUAACAUUCAAACAAUAUAGUACACCUACCAAUUACCUCUUAGAUGAAUCUGGCCCAUUGUGUGUUUGAGACAACUGACACAAUGUAGCUGUUUUCGUAGCUACAUUGAUGUUCAAAAAUUGUCAAAGAUUACUUAAAAUGUUAUGUUUGUUUGCUCUUUCAUUUUAAACAUGUUUUAUGUUAAAGGGACACUGUCCAGUGUUUUUAAUUUGCAAUUUUUUAACUUUGUCAUAUAUAUCUCAUAAGCUUGACAACAUAUUUUUCCUAUUUUUGUUUUUUUUUCCUUUCAUGUCAGAAUGUUAAACAUUGAUCUUCCCAUCCCAUCUAGUGUUUCUUAUAGAGCAAAUGCAAAGAUAUUUCUGCAUGCUUGUGUAACAACCUCAUAGAUGUCACUAAAGUUCUGGGAAUACGUUUUUGUUAAGUUCUGGCCUUUCUGCUGGCCGUUUCAGUACCUAAACUACUUGAUCACACACUCUUCUUAAAGACAGCCUUCAAUGAGAUUCUUUGAAACUCAGCCACUAAGAGCAAGAUCCGAAGUCUAUACAACAGACUCCCAAUGACUUCAGGGGACUUUGAAUCAGGUCCUAACCUUCUGUUUAGAGACACUGAUGUGAUUAACAUCACUGCAUUGAGUUUCCACUCACUGUACAAAGUGAAUAAUGCUUUUUAAAAAUUGUCAAAUUAAAAAAAAAAGGCAUAGAGAAAUCAAAUUGAUUUAAUUAUAAACCAUGUAUCAUAACUGUACUAUAUUUUUGUCAAAACUUAAGAUGAUUUUUUACCAAAAUAGAUUGCUUAUCACAGUGUCUUAAUUCUCAGGUUAGAGAUCCAAAUAAUUUUUCUCUUCCCUGCACCUCCCCUUCUUUUUGGUUUAAACAAUAAUUUCUAGCUUCAGGGUUUCCCAACCCCACACAGCUACAGUUUAGCACUAACCUAACUACUUCCCUAUGCUUCAACCCACUAGAGGCUAGAGUCCUGUAAACAAAGGGUAUCUGGUUGGGUAAUGAAAUACAAGGACUGGGGGAACAGAGGUCCAUGCGGAUUAGGGAGGGAUGGUGUUCACUGAACCUCCACUUCCAGGCCUCAUUACAUCUUAAUUAUCUCCUGUAAAUCGCAUAGGAAGUCUGUUUAAUGUGGUACCUAAUUGGCAAGAAGUUUUCUCCUUGAGUGAUAAAGGACUUUGUUUUCCUCAGAAUUUGGAAAAAACUGUUUCCUCUGUGCAUCUAAAUCCUGCUAAUCAAGUAUGUCCGAGAUUUGAAUUUGGGUCUUCUGCCCGAUAGUGUGUAGCACUUACCUAAGCCACAAUUUUUAAAACAUGCCUUGUUUUAAACGUUUAGCUGGAUAUCACCCUAUAUGUUAUUUAAACCAUAUGGUUUUAGAGAACAAGCUUGGUCCAAAAUGUCGAUUGCAUUUCUUAAAUCUAAUUAUAAAGAAAUCAUCUUAAUUAAAAUUAAAAUAAAUUUAGUACUUCUAUUAUAAAACAUUUUAUAUAAUUGAAACUGAAAUGACUUAGUCACCUUUUAAAAUAAAGGUGUGGUUUUUUUUUUAUGAGAAUGGUCAAAUGGACUGAGCACAAGAGAGGAAGACAAACUCCUAAAUUCUAACACCAGAUUUGCCACUAACUUUCCCUGUGGCCUUGGACAUGUCAUUUAAAUUCUCUCUCUCUGUUUCCGCAUCUGUACAACUAAGAAUACUUACAUACCUCAUGGGGUGUUGUGAGGAUUAGCUGAAAUCUAUAAAAUGUUUUGAAGAUCUAAAAUGCUAUCUAAGUGCUAAAAAAUUUUCAUUUUACUGCUUAUGUAAGGUGGAAGAUUGACCACACUGAAAAUUGAAGUGCUUUGUACCCAUAAGACAGAUACAGCACAGGCAGCAGUAGUACUGCAGUAUUUCACAGUAAUAACACCUGCUGUAAAAUUUAGUUGCUUGGAUUGCUACUGUCAAAUAGGGUCUUUUUUUUUUUUUUUUAAUUAAGGGAAGCUUCCCUACCAGUGUGCCUCUCAGUUCUGUUCUAAAGAGUGAGAUGGUGGUAGUUUCUGUGCUAACUCAGUCUUUGGUGUCUCUACUGAAAUUGCCAGCAAUGGUGCCAAUUACAGUAGUAUUUGCUUUUUGGGGGGAGGAGGGGCAGUAUGACCAUGAACAACUAGCUUGAUUAGGAACUAAAAUUACUGGCUCAAUUUUACAAGGUCCCUGUCUGUGCUGGUGAGAGAAACAGUGGUCAGUGUACCAUGUGAUUUAAUGAAUCAGCUUCUAGCAUGUUUAGAUCCUGUCUGCUGUGGUUGGGAAAAACAAGAUAAUGUUUUCUAACAAGCACAAUGUGGUUUAUUAGUGAAGUGUUAACAUGAUUUCCCUGGCCAGGAUAAACACAGUCAUAAGUUAUCAGUUAAUUGUUAGAAUCUUUCUCACUAGAGUUUUUUGUGGUUGUGCCCUAGGAAUCAAGGCAUGAGCCUUCCAUUCUGCUCAAUGGACCAAGAUUCUACUUUUCCACCACCACCCCUUUUUUUUCUCUCCAUUUUUUAUAACUUCUGUCACACCACACUCUUUUGAAAAGUUUAGAAUAUAUUGGUAGAUGACCCUCAUCUCUUCAAAUGAUAGAUGUUACCUCCACUAUAUUCCCAUCCACUGUGCCUGAUGGUGGCUAAAAUCGUUCCUGAGCCCAGUUUUCAUGACACUGCAAUCUGCCAUUGGAUUAUUCUGGAUUUUACAACUAGGAAAAUAUAAAAUAUCUUAUUUAGUUGAUCCCUUUGUACAAAAUAAGGAACCUCUAUGCAGUGAACUUGCAGUUUUAUGGUGACAAAUGUCAGUCAGUCUCUGUGUAAAUAUUGUAAUUUUUAAGAAGACUGUUUCAAGUUUAAAUACAGGGAUUGAAGUGCUAGUUAAUUUCAAGUAUAAUUUUACCUGGACAUAGUUGAACUUUACUGUUGAAGGUAUGAAGUUGCAUAAUACUACUUCACAUAUUGCAGCAAUAAGAACUUAGGAAACAAAUGGCUAUGUAAUCAAGCCUUGUCACAAACUAAUUUCCAAUUUUAAAAUGAACACUUUAUGUAUUUUUUAACAUCCGUAAAUGGGGGAGGGUAACAUUUUCCACUAAAGAUUUUUGUUACAUUUUGUUUUGGCCAUGUGUGAUUUGUGUGUAUUCUUGUUUGAUAUUUUUUCUAGUAUUUAACUUGCAUUCAAGCCCUCAAAUAGGUGUUUGUUGUACAGUCAUAUAAUAGAAACAGAAUAUUAUGAAAUCACAAAUCAAAUUUUGCUCUUGAUUACAUCAGUGCAAAUUGGGGGUAAAUCAACUGAAGUUAAUGGAAUAGCUCUAGAUUUACGUCAACAUAACUUGGAGCAGGAAUUUGGUCCUAAAUAUCCAAAAAUGCAAAUAGGAUAGAUGGUACACAGUAAAACAAGUAUUCAGUAUCUUCAUCAAGAGGGGGAAGGGACAAAUGUAAAAUACAGUUGCCCCCCAAAAGCAUGUAAUGAAUUUUCAGUUACAUACUGCAUAUGAACAGAAAUUGGUGAUCUAGAAAUCUGUAUUCAUCCUGAACAUCUAAACAGUUUAUUUCACUUCUUGGCACUGAAAUGUUUUCCAAACUUUAUCCUUCUGCUGUGGCACAUAAAGUUACAUCUACAUAUAUGUUACAGAUGCCUUUCAGAAAUGUUCAGUUAGCGGCUUUGGUUUCUCAUGUGCUGUAAGCUAAUUGUAUUUGGGUUAAUCAAGAGCUACUCUGAAUCUUUCCCCUUUCUCCUCUGCUCAUUUAAAUGUUCCAAAUAACCGCUUCACAAACCCUGAAAGUAAAAUUACACUACAGCUUGCUAUAUCUUGACUAUGUAUCACUUUAAACUUACUGGCUUCAGAAGUACAAUUAUGACCACAAUAGCUAUAUAUUGGCCUGUUUUAGUCCAGUGAAAGCCUGGGUAAAAGAGAGAAGCGUUUUAAGUAGUUUAGAGCAAAUCUCAGAGAGCAACUGACAAUUUUAAAGCAGCAGCGUAUCAAAGAGCCUUUCGUGUAGAUAUUGAGUUAAUCUGCUUUACGUUAACAAAUGAGGUCUGGAAUAAACUUGAAUGAUUUGGGUACAAAGCCUUUAUUCACACUUAUUUGUGUAAGUGUAUGCACAAAAAAUUUCAUUUUGCCUUUAUGUACUACUUGCCUUGACUGUGCAUUGUAGAUUUCUUAAAUUCAAUAGCUUCCCUCCGGCCCCCCAGUUGCCAUUUGUUGUAAACAAAAAUGUUUGAAACAGUCUUCCCAGUGAAAUGAUUUUAUCAGCUAUGUUUUAAAGAUCAGCAAGACAAAGCUGAAAUUAGCUAGUGAGAACAAACAAAAAUCUGCAAUCGUGAUUUGAAAAAAUAUUAAGUUAAUCUUUAAAAAUAAAUAAGUCACUGAAUUUGUUAUCCAAUUUCAUCUUGGUGGGAUAAGGAAACAUUGGAAUUUAAAUUAAGCACAUUUUUUAAAAACACAAAAGACACGUUUUGGAAUUGCAUUGGAGAUCUGCAUUCAAAAAUAGCAUCAUAGGAAGGCUGAUACUGCCAAAACAAUUAUCAUUAAGUAAAUAUUUCUAGUUAAUAGUAGUAAAACCUAUUUCUGGGUAAUACAGUAGUCAAAUUAUUCUCAGAUAAUACUGCAACUAUAAAUUGUGAUUUGUUACUAAUCACAAUGCUUACUUCCAUUCACAUAUUUAAGCCUCAUGAAACAACUGUUUUCAACUUAAAAUCUGUUAAUGCAGUCAAAUUAUUUUUAAUUGCCUUUACAAAUUAGCAGGGUAAUAUAGUAGCUUUGCAUAUCAUGUGUCUUUUCCCCCCCAGCAACUGGCCUUCGGGGUUACUAGUUAUUGUUGCAAACGAGUAGACAUUACAAACUUUAUUAGCUUUAUCUCAGUCGUUGGUAUUAUUGGUAAUAGAUACCAGUUGGGACUAUGCUAUGUCCCACCACAUAUCUGUUGCUGAAUUUGGUAUUUACUGCAUGGAAAGAAGUCAUCACAAUAAACCCAGCAAAAGCUUAUUGAUUUGAAAGCUACCUUCAGAUCUGUUGUUCUAAUAAGUUGCCAGGACACUCAAUAUUUUUAGUACUGUAUCCACGUUCCUUAAUUCUUGGUUUAUGCCAAUGCUCUUUAGUGGCAUUUUGUUACUUCAAACCAUUGUUGUAAUUGCUAAAAACACCAUUUGAAGUCUUUGGAAGAUCACUGAUGUCCUCUCACAAGAUCAACACUAUACUGGGAAGGCUUACAUUCUUCUGCCAUUCGAAAGAAAGACUGUUCUUCUAAAGUACUUUUUGCCUGCCUUCAGGCUUUUAUGCACUUUCAUGAUUUCUUAAAAACUGCUGUUGAAAAUGUACUGUAUCUUGCAUAUGGAUUUUGAUAAGUGCACAUGUAUUUAAAUAUUAACUCACUCAGACUCAGGAAAACAAGAAAAAUUAGAUACCUGUUUUGUAUCUUGGUUAAAAUGUUUGUUACCUACAUCCUUUAAGGUGGCCAGAUCAUGUCUAGAUCCCAUGAGUGUAAUUGUAUUUAAUUACUAGUGUAAUCUGUAAAAGAAGGGCAGUGUAGUUGGAAUUUAUGGAAACUUCUGUCUGUCUUACUUUUGUUAGACCUAUAGUCUGAAUUGGAGUUUUUAAAAAAAAAUCCCAUUUUCAGAAAAAUAUCUAUUUUUUCCAUAACAUUAGUUUAUUUCUAUUUGCUUCCUCCUCUUAAAAAGAAAGUAUGAAAUAAGUGCAGAGGUAUCUGUAGGAAAACUUGUGUAAAAUGUGCUGCUGUACAAAAUGUUUGCUACUUGACUGCAUUUUUGUUCCACUUUAAUUUUACUGGUUUUGCUAAAUAUAUUUUAUAUAUUUUUCUUCCUG